AUGGCUGGAUGUGGUCAAUCAUGUGCUCUAUUCUGUAUGGCCUGGGCAGAACUUCCUCCUUGUGUUCUUCCUCUUCUUCAAAAUAUGGAUGAUUCCUCCAGUUUGCCCCCAGGCAACACAGUCGGUGCCUCAGGCAGAAGGCCUUCUGGCCGAACUGGACCUUCUUGUUCUUGGAUGGGAAGGGCUCUUCCCCUCUGUCCAGCUUGGAUUUCUUCACGCCCUAGUGUUUCAGCUAUCUAUGCGAUGAGAGGGUUUUCUUGGUAUGACCAUGCUAGUCCUGGAGAGGGUCCGUAUGGGAGGUCUAGCCAUAGCAACCUCACGAUCUUUCCUGAACUGCCUGUUGACCUGCCAUUGCAUCAUCCUCCUAUAUUUGGUUCAGCCUUCUGGAGCCAUAACUGGAACGUCGACUCUGGGUACUGCCAUGGGCUGACUGCCUGGCAUCACUCUCUUCUGACUCCAGUCCUUCCCGGAGAGCUACUUGAUCUCUUUCCAUGGCGCAGCGUGGGUUCUGGCUUGAACUUCCAACAUUCAUAUACUUUAGAAAAUUUCUCUAGGAGUAUGUAUACUGAGAAGUCUCACUGGGCGUGCCAAAUUGUUCAUCCGUCUUAUGUUUGCUCAUGUGAUGGUGGGGUAAAGUUCCCCAUUGCCUUGAAAACCAUUGACUAG